AUGAAGAAUGUAUUGGUGAGGGAUGGUGGGGGUAGGGAUGUAUUGAAAACUUUUAAAUCCAAAGAGGAAAGGCAAGCAAAAUUGGAGAACAUAAAGGUGUGGGUAGAGGACUGGUGUAAGGAAAUAGUGGAGUGGGAACCUGAGCUAGUUAUAGUGAAAGAACAAUUGGGUAGGAAGGAAAAAAUGAAUAAAAUUAAAAGCAUGAUGAAAGCUAGAGGAGCUGACAUUGCAUUGUUUCAGGAGACAAAGAAAGCAUCUAUGUCAGAAAAGGAGGUGAGGGAAUUAUGGGGUAGGGAGAGGAUGGAUUUCAUGACAAUGGAUGUUGAAGGAACUGCAGUAAAUUUAUAUGCACCCAAUGCAGUGGGACAAAGAGGGAAAUUAUGGGAGAGUUUGUUGAAGUUAAAGGAGGAGUUCCCUAAUCCUUGGUGCUUGGGGAUUGACUUCAAUGAAAUCAGAAACAUUGGUGAGAGAAAAAGGUGUUCUAGAAGGGAUAAGGGUAUAAAGGAGCUGAAUGAAUUCAUUGAUAAAAGUGAGGUGAAUGAUCUACCCCAGUUAGGUAGAAGAUAUACAUGGUGCAACUCAAGGGAAUGGGAAAAAUGGAGCAGAAUUGACAGGGUAUUAGUGGAACCAAAAUGGUUGGAAUCAUUUAAUCAAAAGUUGUGGGGGUUACCUAGAGCAUUGUCUGAUCAUAGCCCUUUAUUAUUGAUAGAGGAUGAGAGAGAUUGGAUCCCCAGGCCCUUUAGGUUUUUAAAUGCAUGGACACUACAUCCAAAUUUCUUACCUUUUGUGGAAAAGUUGUGGAAGGAGCAUGAUGUUGAGGGAUGGGCUAGAUUCAGAUUAUUUAAGAAGAUGACAGAGUUCAAGCUAUUUCUGAAACAGUGGAAUAGUGAAGUAUUUGGAAAUGUAAAUACUAAACUGAAGCAAGCAAAGGAUGAGUUGCAUAAGAUUGAUCUGGUAGUAGAGGAAAGAGAGCUUGAAGAGGCAGAAAAAACUAGAAGAAGAGAGGUUAGUGAUGAAAUUUGCAGACUAUAUAGAAUGGUGGGGUGGAUGUGGCUUCAAAAAUCAAGACUGAAUUGGGGCUUGAAGGAAGACAAAAAUUCAAGAUAUUUCCAUGUGGUAGUCAAUUGUAGAUAG